CGUCGUGGGUGGAUGUGUGCGCGCUCUUGUCUCUCACUGCUCGCUCCUCGUAUAUUACAGUAAUAGUGUGUUUGCAACACCUGCCUGACUUCACUUCAAACUGCCUCUGUUCUUGAAUGAUCCGCGGCCAAUCCCACAUGGUUUAACAUAAGUGACCAGAAAAAAAUGAAGUGAAAAAUCGAAUUGUUGAGCUUGAACUCCAUAGAGUCUGAGUGUCGAGGUUCAAGGAUGUAAGGAGCGAGAGAUAGUGUCAUUGUCACCCAUCCGACCAGGACUCCUUCACUGAAGAUGAAAUCCCUGUGUGUACUACUCUUGGACGCCAUUCUGUUGGCCUCAUUCGUCGAGGAUUCAGAGACGGCGGGACGACACGCGGCCUGGUCCAAGCGACUCAAGAACGUGCUGGAGACUCACAGGUUCAAGACAGAAGGAGGUUCGUGGACGCCUGAUCCCAGUGACUUGCUGGGGGAAUACGAGGUUGAGCCGCCUGUACGAGACACCAACGCUUACUUCAUGACGGACAACAAUACCGUCGUGACCGUGCAAGUUGGAACCACCGCCGCCCUCCGCUGCCAAGUAUUUGACGUGGCCGAGCACGAGACGGUGUCGUGGAUAAGACGCCGCGACCACCACCUUAUCACAGUCGGGGCCAACACUUACUCCAACGACGAGAGGUUUCAAGUCACCUACUCCGAAAAGACACAGGACUGGACGCUGCACGUGCGCUACGCUCAACCACAUGACGCUGGGGUGUACGAGUGUCAGCUGUCCGCCCACCCGCCCAUCGGAGUCAUCACCACGCUAAAUGUCAUCGAAGCAGUGGCGGAAAUCGGAGGCGGUCCUGAGAGGUACGUGCAGAUCGGUAGCUCCGUCCAACUGACGUGUACCAUCAAACACUUCACUGAGCCACCGACCUACGUUUUCUGGUACCACGCUGAGCACAUGAUCAACUACGACUCCAACAAGAGGAUAACAGUGGUAAACCGCUUGGGCGAGAGUGAGCUGCGAAUUUCUCAGGUGACGAAGGCGGACAGUGGUAAUUACACCUGUCAGCCCGCCAACGCUCGCCCAGCCUUCGUCUCCCUCCACAUUAUCACAGGCGAGACGCCGGCAGCUAUGCAAAGGGCAAGCGCCACUGAGGUGCAGUACCGCCUCAGCAUUACUCUCCUGUCGUCCCUCCUGGCGCUGGUAGCAUUGUAAGUGCGUUUGCCCCACCUCACAGCUCCCUUGGUGCUGAAGAUCCCUCGGGCGGCUCUCAACGUACGCAACGUGCAACGCAUCUCCAUGUGCACGAAGAUGGUCGUGCUAAGUCAUAUCAGGUGGUGGCUGCUGUGACCUUGCACCGGCAGUGAAUCUGCGGUAGUGUUCGGGUAGUAGUGUGCAGCAGUGGUCAUUUAGCUGUGCGUGCCGGGAUCGAUCAAGUGGACCACCACCAAUGUGAUAGCAAUGAGAAUGGAAGACUUCAUAGCUGCCAGGAAAGCCCUUCAAAAACCAGGCAGCCGUCCGGUUCGUGUGUGAACUGCUUGUAGAGAGAGAGGCAAGACUGUACUACUUGCAGCUUGGACGCUCCACUCUCUUCUUGAGCUUCAUUCUAAAUGUUCGAUGUGUUGCUGUGAUGCGGCUGCGAGGCUGCACGGGACAGCCAUCCCAAUGUAUGUCACGGCUGACCCUAUUAAAUACGACUCUUGAUGAAAAGAGUGACAAGGGAAACUUUAUUAUUUUACUGUUUACAGCGAUGUUCGAUCCGCACGUUAAAUAUUUCCUCCUCUUGUCAUCAGUUUAUAUAUUUGGUGCCUGGAAGUGAUGCUUCCGGAUUUGUGCGACAUAGACGCUUCUUUCCGUCGAUGAAUGACCUGCGUCACUUGAACCUGACAUGCACUCCCUCACGCCGGGAAUCCAUGACGAACAAUAUAAUGAUGAUCAGCGGUUUGUAGUGGACGGCUAAAUAUUCUUUACCAUCGAAAACUGAUCGCUUUGUAGCUCGAGCUGAGGUUGCUAAUUUUUGAGGGAAGGUUCUUGUAUGAUGCUGUUUGACCGUAAGUGUUCCCCCGCAGCCUGAGUCAUUCAUCUCUACAGCAGGCGAAUGGCCAACAAAAUCCUCUCAAAUAGAAAGGUGACGAGUCGAGCAGUUGAUCACCGCAUACACUCACGCAUCGUGAAACAGCUGCAGAGGCCAGUGUUUGGAAGUGUCCCUUACAAGACUCCUGGCUUUUCUUUUUAUGUUUUAUUCACGUAGUAUUUCCACAAACCUCUCCAAAA